AUGUCUACAACAUCUGCUUUCUUCUACGGCACUCUGCUCCACCCCAAGAUUCUAAAGCGCGUUAUCGGGAACGACGGGUCGCAUCUUCAGAUAUGUCCUGCAUUGCUUCUGCAUGCAGAUUAUCCCGGGGUCCUGCCCUACGAGAAGAGCAGGCAGCUGCUCGGCGAUGGGAUCAGCGAAGAUGAUAAGUGUGUUCGUGGGACGCUCGUUGCCGGCCUGACCCCUUCCGACAUCAGUUUCCUGGACGUGUUUGAAGGGGACGAAUACACGCGGGAGCCGGUCCUCGUUCAUCCUCUCGGGGCUCUCGCUCCGCUCUCGGAUCCGGACGACAAAACGGUGGCGCCCAGCACGCCCCCGCCGAUCCCACCGUUGGACGCGCUCGCGCCUGCGGUGCCCGCUGAGACAUACAUCUGGGCGCGACCGAUUUCGGAACUCCAGCCCGAGAUCUGGUCGUACGAGACGUUCAUGCGCGAGAACGCGUGGAAGUGGGUGGGAGACGGCUCGGUGGACAAUGAGGAUUAUCUGAAGAUCGAAGAGCGGCGCGCCAUGAACGGCAACAUCGCCAGGAUCGCCGGCGCAGGCGAGAUCAUUCGGGAGGAGAGUUGCACUGUAUAA